AUGCAAUCAGCGACCAAACCCAUCCGUGAUAUGAAACGCAACGAUGACCUCGUUGGAGUGGAAGUUACGGCAAAACACAUAUUUGGGUUUAAUUCGAGGGUCCGCAAUCAUCCGAUUUUCGUAGACGAAGUUACGGUAGCAUAUGCGGCUGCUCACUACGUGAUUAUUCAUAAUACCGAGACCAACACUCAAAAGCUUCUACCAAAUCACAGUGGUUCUAUUGGAGUGACAUGUUUGGCACUGUGUCCGGAGAACAGAUAUUUAGCGGUCGCAGAAAGCUUCCUCGUCAAUCGCCAACAAGAAAGCAAUUCUCUCAUUACUGUUGCUGUCACUCCCACUCCCACUACUACCGCGAUGGGUACCUGGAUUGCAAAUUGGUGUUUGGAUAAAGUCCCAGUUGGUGCCUCGAGACUACUUGCAUGGUCUAAGAUAGCAGCACCGGUAGCGGCAGCAAACAAGAGAAUGUCCAUCAGAGGGCUGUCUGCAGAAGGUUCGGUGGUCGCGGGGACGCGGUUCCCGUCAGUUAUUGUGUGGAAUUAUGAAGAUAGAAAAUGUGAGAUUCAUGAGAAGUUCGAUGAGGAAGUUUGUUGUGUGGCAAUCCACCCCAACGGUUUUGGGAUGAUAGUUGCUCUGGCGGGAAGAAUUAGGUUGAUGAACUUACUGAUGGAUGCUAUCCAACCUUACAAGGAUCUUCCAGUGAGGAAUAGUCGAGAAGUUAAAUACGCCCAUGGGGGUCAUCUUUUUGCGGUGGCGGGAUCGGCUAAUCAAGUUCAG